GAAGAUGUGUUCGCAUCAAGAGAAAAAGGCCUGCCAUGAGAUCCCAACUCAGGCUGGAGGAUGCCACGCCGGUGGUGGGGGAUCCUCGGGCAGCGGCAGCGGAGCUUUGCUGGGCCCGCACAUUCUGGGCUCGUCCAGCUACGGCGUUGGAGGGGGCUCGUCCUACUGCGGCUCCGGGGAGUCCUGCCAGAAGAUUAUAAUUGCCGGGGGUAGCAGUGGAAGCUCAAGCGGUAGCAGCGGGGGAUCGUACGGCUGCGGUGUUGGAGGGGGAUCAGGCGGUGGGAGUGGAGGAUCGUACGGCUGUGGUGUUGGAGGGGGAUCAGGCGGUGGGAGUGGGGGAUCAGGGCAAAAGAUUAUCAUCGCAGGCGGCGGUGGCAGCGGGGGAUCGUCAGGCGGCUGCACUGGAGGGGGAUCCGGCUACAGCUCUGGAGGCUCAGCCGGCUACUGCAGUGGUGGUUCAGACGACUUUGGCAGUGGCGGUUCCCUGCAGUCGAUGCAGCAGAAAUGCCCCAUUGUGAUCCCAUGCAUGGAGCAGCAGCAGACCAAGCAGCCCUGCCAGUGGCCCCCAAACCCACGGAAGUAACAGCCGUGGA